AUGGCCGCGGCGCCCGGAGGGUCUGCGCCGCCCGCCGGCCCCGGCCCGCGCCUGGCGUUCAGCACCGCGGACAGCGGCGGCGGCGUGAGCGGGCUGCGCCCCGGUCCCGCCGUGCCCACGAAGGACCACGACGCCAUCAAGCUGUUCGUGGGGCAGAUCCCGCGGGGCCUGGACGAGCAGGACCUCAAGCCGCUCUUCGAGGAGUUCGGCCGCAUCUACGAGCUGACGGUGCUGAAGGACCGGCUCACCGGCCUCCACAAAGGCUGUGCCUUCCUUACCUACUGCGCCCGGGACUCUGCUCUCAAAGCCCAGAGUGCAUUGCAUGAACAGAAGACCCUGCCAGGGAUGAAUCGUCCGAUCCAAGUGAAGCCGGCUGCCAGUGAGGGCCGAGGAGAGGACAGGAAGCUGUUCGUGGGGAUGCUGGGCAAGCAGCAGGGCGAGGAGGACGUCAGGCGCCUGUUCCAGCCCUUCGGCCACAUCGAGGAGUGCACCGUGCUGCGGAGCCCCGACGGGGCCAGCAAAGGCUGCGCCUUCGUUAAGUUCGGGAGUCAAGGCGAGGCCCAGGCGGCCAUCCAGGGCCUGCACGGCAGCCGGACCAUGGCGGGCGCCUCGUCUAGCCUCGUGGUGAAGCUGGCCGACACCGACCGGGAGCGAGCGCUGCGGAGGAUGCAGCAGAUGGCCGGGCAGCUGGGGGCCUUCCAGCCCGCGCCGCUGCCGCUCGGCGCCUGCGGGGCCUACACCACCGCGAUCCUGCAGCACCAGGCGGCCCUGCUGGCGGCGGCCCAGGGGCCCGGCCUCGGCCCGGUGGCCGCGGUGGCGGCGCAGAUGCAGCACGUGGCGGCCUUCAGCCUGGUGGCCGCGCCGCUGCUGCCCGCAGCAGCUGGCUCCUCGCCUGGAAGCGGCCCCGGCACACUCCCCGGCCUGCCGGCGUCCAUGGGGGUCAACGGGUUCGGUCCCCUGACCCCCCAGUCUAACGGGCAGCCGGGCUCCGACUCGCUCUACAAUAACGGGCUCUCUCCUUACCCAGCAGCCUACCAGUCAACCUACGCUCCAGUGAGCACAACUUUUGCCCAGCAGCCUUCAGCUUCACCCCAGCAACAAAGAGAAGGCCCGGAAGGCUGUAAUCUCUUCAUCUAUCACCUGCCUCAGGAGUUUGGCGAUGCAGAACUCAUACAGACAUUCCUGCCUUUUGGAGCUGUUGUCUCUGCCAAAGUCUUUGUGGAUCGAGCCACCAACCAGAGCAAGUGUUUUGGGUUCGUUAGCUUUGACAAUCCAACCAGUGCCCAGACUGCCAUUCAGGCCAUGAAUGGCUUUCAGAUUGGUAUGAAGCGGCUCAAGGUCCAGCUAAAGAGGCCUAAGGAUGCCAACCGGCCUUACUGACCUGUUCUCACUGACCAGCCACAGAAAGAAACUGAAGAGUGAGAAGAAAAGGAAAAGCACAGACCUGCGGGUGUGGCCCUUCCGGAAGGAGCGGCAGCGGACGGAAGUGGAUCAGACCCAAGGCUGGCGCCCUGGGCUCAGGCCACUGGGAAACUCUUGUUACCAAGGGGCUGUGCUGCGCCUGCGCUCAGGCCAGCGGAGCGGCGUGGGGGGGGCCGGCAGAGGACCCACUUGACCGUCUGGAGGACCAGCGGGGGCCUGGGGGGUGCCACAUGCUUCUCAGCAAGGGAAGCCUAGCUUCACUUCAUCCAAAAUCAUAUCAUUCCUUAGCGUUUAGGGACCAAAGGACUAUUGCCUUUUUUUUUUUAAGAAUAUAUAUUAAAUAUAUAUCUAUAUAAAACAAAGAAAAAAAAAAAACCAAGAGAAACAAAAAGACAGUAUAGAGUCUCGUAAAAGCUGCCUUUAACUAUCCCCAGGAGACAGGGUGAAGG